AUGCCUGUCACAGACUUCAAGACCCCUGAGAAGUAUCAAUACCUCAAUGGGUUUAACUCCUUUCACGAGUCCGAGGCUGUAAAAGGGGCACUGCCAAUUGGCGCCAACUCACCCCAGAAAGCUCCGUAUGGCCUCUAUGCUGAGAAGCUGUCUGGGACUGCUUUCACAGCCCCCAGGGGCGAGAACCAGCAAUCAUGGCUCUAUCGUAUCCUCCCGUCCGCCGCUCACUCGGCAUUCCAGCCAGUAGCAUCCACUGCGCCAGAGCUGAAUGCGCCGCUUGAGCAGAUUCCCAAUCAACUCAGAUGGAAUCCGUUUGACAUUGACGAGGAGGUUGAUUGGGUCCGCGGUCUGAAGAAAGUCUCAGGAAACGGCGACCCAUCCAUGAAGGCUGGUCUUGGAAUCUACAUCUUCACGGUUGGUCGCAGCAUGCACGCCAAUACCGCCAUCUACUCUUCAGAUGGCGAGAUGCUUGUCGUCGCUCAGCACGGCAUCCUGGAUAUCAAGACAGAGCUAGGAAACCUCCUGGUUCGCCCAAACGAAAUCGCAGUUCUGCCCCGCGGUAUUAAAUACCGUGUUGAUCUCCCAGAGGGUCCGGCUAGGGGCUACAUCCUGGAGCUCUACCAGGGACACUUUAUUCUUCCUGAGCUGGGACCCAUUGGAUCCAACUGCCUGGCAAACCCAAGAGACUUUCAGAUCCCAGUAGCGGACUAUACUCAGGACACAGAGACUGAAUGGACGAUUGUUACCAAGUAUAAUGAGAAGCUGUUCGAGGCCAAGCAGAAGCAUACUCCGUUCGAUGUGGUAGCUUGGCAUGGAAAACCGACAAUUGUUGAAGCUAACUCUUUGAUAGUUUACCCCUACAAGUACGAUCUCGGUCGGUUUUCAGUGAUUGGAAGCACCUCAUUUGAUCAUCCGGAUCCUUCCAUCUACACUGUCUUGACCGGACCCUCAGAUCGCCCCGGAACUGCAAUCGCAGACUUCGUAAUCUUCCCCCCUCGCUGGCUCGUCCAGGAGGAUACUUUCCGCCCGCCUUGGUAUCACCGCAACACCAUGUCUGAGUUCAUGGGUCUGAUUUGCGGCCAGUAUGAUGCCAAGGCCGGUGGCGGGUUUCAGCCUGCAGGUGCCAGUCUGCACAAUGUCAUGUCCGCUCACGGGCCGGAUGCAGACACGUUUGAAAAGGCUUCAAAUGCAGCGCUCUCGCCACAGAAGGUUGGUGAGGGAAGUAUGGCCUUCAUGUUUGAAAGCUGCUUGAUGCUUGGUGUGACGGAGUGGGGUUUGAAAACAUGCGAGAAAGUACAGGAUGGAUAUAACGAGCAUAGCUGGACUGGCUUGAAGCCUCACUUCAAGCUCCCCGAGUAA